UAUCGUGUCCUGCCGUGUCUGUGCUUCAGCCAGACAUGCCAAACGGAUUUUAUGAAUGAGUUUAUCGUAACAUCGUAACUUUAUUGUUCUUGUGAUAACAAAAGCCGGACGCUGGUCUCUUAGUAAAUUAAUGAAAAUAAGUUAUCUGUUAUCGCCUACAAAGUCAACUGCAUAAAUUGUUUGUUGUGUUCACGCAUUGCAUUAAUUACAGCCUUAGAAUUGUCCAAUCAAAUCAGAAUCUGGAUGCAGGACUCAGCGGUGUUGUUACGCUUUAGUCUCUUAUGGAUGAACCGGUGCUGAUCCGUUUUGCGACGAAACCCGCAGACGCCUACAGCCCACAACCUGAUCAAAAUGGCAAACGCCCCUCACUGGGCAGUGAUGCGGAUGCAUGGAUGCUGCAUUCCGAAGUGCGCACGACGCGAACAUAUGGCGGUCCGUUGAGUGUGUCGGAUGUGGUGGGGACAUUGCGACGGUGUUGUUGGCUGCGGACAUGGCAGCGACGACUGCCCAUCUCGUUGUGGAUUAGGAAAUAUUCAUGGAAAGACCUAAAGGGAGACUUCAUUGCGGGCGUAACGGUCGGUCUGACGGUAAUCCCCCAGGCCCUGGCCUACAGCGCCAUUGCGGAACUUCCCCUCGAGUAUGGACUUUACUCAGCCUUCAUGGGAUGCUUCAUGUACACUUUGUUUGGCACGUCGAAAGAUGUGACACUGGGCCCAACUGCCAUUAUUUCUCUACUGACCGCGGAAUCCUUUCCGAAGAAUGCCGGGCUGUCGAAACCACAGUAUGCGAUAUUUCUCUGCUUCUUCACGGGCGUAUUCCAGUGUUUGAUGGCCAUAUUCAAUCUUGGUUUUUUAAUUAACUUCGUCUCCGCUCCCGUCAUCAGUGGAUUUACCAGCGCCAGUGCUUUUAUUAUUAUGUACGGACAAUUAAAGAGCAUCUUGGGAGUGUCGUUUGGGAAAAGCACUGAUGGGGUGUUGGAGCAGACAGCGGGUUAUCUGAAUACUAUCUGGAACAUUAAUGGUUGGGAUGUGCUGAUGGGUGUAAGCUGCAUGGCUAUCCUGCUUGUGUUAAAGGGAUUGCGCCUGCCUCGUCGACAUGGUCAGAAAUCCAAGUCACCUUUGUACACAUAUGCUCGCGAAACACUGAGGCUUAUAUCAGUUGCUCGCUAUGGAAUUGUGGUGAUUGUAGCUGCUGGAAUUGGUUAUUUCUUGGAAGAAUAUUUUCCGAUCUUACAUUCCGUAACUUUAACCAAAGACGUGGAAGCGGGAUUACCCAAUUUUACCGUACCCGAAUUUUCAUUUAACAACCAAACGUUCCGAGAAGUGUUUGUGGAUAUGACCCCCGGUAUAGCAGUUGUAUCCCUUGUUGGCGCCAUGGAGAGUAUUGCCAUUGCAAAAGCAUUUGCGCACCAGUUCCAGUAUAACAUUGAUCCUACGCAGGAAUUUCUGGCCUUGGGCAUGGCUAAUUUCCUGUCAUCUUUUGUUUCUUCGUACCCUGUAACCGGAAGCUUUACCAAAUCAGCACUGAACGCGCAGAGUGGUGUGCGCACACCCAUGGGGUGCGUGUUUACUGGAGCAUUUGUCCUCGGUUCUUUGAGCCUGCUGUCCAGUUCUUUUCGUUACGUUCCCAAAGCUGCACUAGGUGCUGUGAUUAUCUGCGCAGUUAGCGUCAUGUUCGAAUUCAAGAUUUUCCGUGAUCUUUGGCUGUUGAAUAAGAAAGAGCUCAUUCCGUUGAUUAUGACCAUCGCGGUAGGCGUGAUCUUUGGUGUGGAUUUCGGCCUGUUAGCGGGAAUUAUCGGCGCCUUGUUGCUGCUGCUGUAUCCAUUAGCGCGUCCGGCUAUCGAUGUCGAACAUCUGACGAAAACCUACACACCGGCGCCUAUAACGUACACCGACAUUACUUCAGGACGGCAGAUCUUGGAGGUCACUGUCACGCCCCACGGUGCACUGUAUUUCCCCUCGGGUGAAUACAUCAAAGAGUUUUUUGAAGAAGAUAUUUUUCCGCAAAACGGUUUGGAGAAGAUGCGCGUUACGGAUGCCGACGGCGCGGACGCCAUCAGCCCGGUGCUGCUCCCGGAAGGACUGGUUUGCAGCGUGGAUGAAGUGAUUGUGUUCAACGGGAUCCAUUUGAUCAACUCCGAUUACACGACACUCCGGGCGCUGCGGGCUAUUGUCAUGAAGUGUCGCAAAGCCUGUAAGACACUCAAAUUCAUCAACACCCCGAUGAAAAUCUUGCGAAUUGUUCUGCCGAAAGAGGUGCGAGAACAGGUGAAGUGGCCCGAUAAAGAAGAAGGCCAAGCGAUUGUGGUGAAUUUUAGCCAGUCGUUACCGGAAAAGCUGGCGUCGGUGUCGCUGAAUGUGGAGGACGGUGAGAGCCGGCGGGGAUCCAGUGAAGAUAAUCGACGGGAAGGGGAGGAAUCUAUGGUUGUGGCUAGUAGUACAGCGCAGUUGGAAGUCACUUCGAAAUCUCUUCCUUAAGUAUUGUAUAUGGUUUUUUUAAAGACAGAGUAGUUUAACUCAUUCCCAGAAUUUACUUUUUUAAAAUUUUUCCUUGUAAUUGUUCUGUAAUGCGUUUUAUAUUUCCAUGACCCAGGCUUCCAUUGAGUUUGUUCCAAUUUUUUUUGUAUGAGGAUUUACCGUUCUUCCCUUUUAUACCGGUCUAAUUAAGGAUUGCUUUUUUUACAGAGCUGUUGUUCAAUAUACUUCGAAAGCGCUGAUUUGUUUUCUGUAAAACUUGCAUAUGAAGACAUGAGUGAAAACCUGAUAAAAGACCCGUAUAAACACAAAA